UGAGUGUGUGGUCUACAGGAAACAAACAUAUGCAAUAUCCACACAGAACAAUCAGGUUACACAUUGUACGCAAUCAUAAUGCUACAUAAUGUAACUGACCAUGAAAAUAAGCCAGCAAAUUCAAGGUAAGUAAUAGACUACACAUGCUCUGUUAAAGCAGGACUGAUAUAAACAAAAUUAAUAAAAUAAUUAAUAAACUAACCUUCAACAUUCAAUGUCAUAGUCUCCAUUGAAAUAUAUUACAUAUUUUAGCUGUAAAGAAAUACCACUCUAAGGUUGGAAAGUUUCUCAUUCAAGUUACAUAUUAAAAAAACACAAAAUAACACUAACUUGGAAGCAUUAUUAUUAUUUUAUUGUUUGAUUUCAUACAUAAUAAUAUAGAAAUAAUUAUGCCAGCAAAAAGCUACUUUAGGCAGCAUUUAGCUUGCAGAGAAAUAAGUUCAAAUGUCACAAUAACAUUUAUGUUUGACCUUUAUGGCAAUGUGGAUUAAUUGUGAAACAAAGCAACUAAAUAGGUUUCUUCACAGGCAGAACGUAACCUCCAGACAAACUUAAGCUGCUUCUAAAUAAUCGACUAGCAUGGCGAUAUAAUUACUCAUGAAACACAAAGGCAGGCAAAAUAUGCAUUUUCUUCUGAUCCAAAGGGGAAUUAACUGCUCAAUGAACUGGUAAAUUUAGCUGUUAGAACUGUUUCCUGCUAUAGUUUUCUUUUCACCUUCCGGGUUUUUCUUCACCUGCUGGUGUACAGCAGGACUAACACUAAUUGGCUGUGGCCACUCAACGAGCACCUGAGGGGGAGGUGACACGCCCAUGCACAUCAUCCAAUCACACAAAUCCACUCUCACCUCCAGAGUCUCUUGAACAAUAACCUUUGGUAAGUUUAACUUUUAUUAGUGGUUAUUUCUCCCACGUCGCAGAAACGCAGCAUUCGCCAGUUAAUGGCGCCAUUUUGGCUCCACAGCUUCUCUUCUUUGAUGCAGUUCCUGUGUUUGGUCAUGUGCCGACAUCCAGCAUCGCAUCCUUUUUAGACAUCUGCUGGGGACCAAAGUGCAUCAUGAUUAAUUUCUUAUUUGGUUCCUCGUUACUUCUGAGCGCCGAGAGACCGCCGAGACGCAAAGCCUACGUUCAAUGCCGUUGGAACAUGUCCUAUGUUCCCUUUCAAGAUGCAAGGUGUGCCGUCCCCCCCUCCUAUCAUCAUCACCAUCAUCGCUCUCACGCCCACUCCUUCCACGCUCCCUCCUACGACCGCCCUGCUCCCGAACGUCCCUCCUACGACCGUCCUUCCUACGACCGUCCCUCCUACGACCGUCCUUCCUACGACCGUCCUUCCUACGACCGUCCUUCCUUCGACCAUCCCUUGCACGAGCGCCCCAUCUACGACCGCCCCUCACACGAUCGCCCACCCCGUGACCACUGGAACCCCCGUCUUCGCGUGAGCACCGGAAAUCAGCUCUACAUGUUGGACCAGGAAGAGGUACACCCUUUGCUGAUGCGCGAGAGGCGCUCAGAGUCUCACAGGAACAAGCUACUGCGGCGGACAGUCAGCGUUCCUGUUGAGGGAAGGCACCAUCCCGAGAUGGAUCAUCGCGCCCGGCGGAAGAGCAUAGCCACAGGGAAGCAGCCCAGCAUGGAGGUCCCUCCCACUGCCCCCCUUCAACCCUUCCGACAAUCCGUGAGUAACUUCCCCUGUUCCCGGCCUCGCUCGCUGCCUCCGUCCCUCUCGCUCUCCCUUCUUCCUCCUCCCGCCCUGGGCCCGCCGCACACCUGCGGCCGCCGGGCCAGCGGCACCCCGCCUCACCCUUUCCCCCUCUCCCUGGCCGUCUCCCCUUCCCUCACCUUUUGCCAGCAGCAGCAGCUCCAAAAGGGCUCCAAGAAGGGGCCCGGCACACCCCCUUUGCCCCGCUCGCUGCCCCUCUCCCCCACCCUGUCCUUCACCCUGCCUCACUCGCCUGCCGCCUACUCCUCCUCCCCCCCCUUAUCGUACUGGGGCGGAGACUGGAGGGCUGCCGGUACGAGUCCAGUGGCGGGAGGACCGUUAAUUGCAUCACUGCCCCCUGUUGAGAGUUUCCUCAGUAGAAGGUUGAAGGGCUCCAUCAAGAGGGCUAAAAGUCAGCCCAAACUGGACCGAACCAGCAGUUUCCGCCACAUGAUCCUCCCCCGCUUCCGCAGUGCCGACCAAGACAGGACCCGUUUGAUGCAGAGCUUCAAAGAGUCCCACUCCCAUGAGUCCUUGCUGUCUCCCAGCAGUGCUGCCGAGGCGCUGGACCUCACUCUGGAUGAGGACGCCAUCAUCAAACCUGUCCACUCGAGCAUCCUGGGACAGGAGUACUGCUUUGAGGUGACUACGGCAUCAGGAACCAAGUGCUUUGCGUGUCGCUCAGCUGCAGAGAGAGACAAAUGGAUCGAGAACCUGCAGAGAGCUGUCAAGCCCAACAAGGACAACAGCCGAAGGGUGGAUAAUGUGCUCAAACUGUGGAUCAUCGAGGCCCGCGAGCUUCCAGCCAAGAAGCGCUACUACUGCGAACUUUGUCUGGACGACAUGUUGUAUGCACGCACCACCAGCAAGCCCCGCACUGACACCGUUUUCUGGGGCGAGCACUUUGAAUUCAACAACCUGCCAGCCGUCCGCAACCUACGCCUUCAUCUAUACAAGGAGACCGACAAGAAAAGACGCAAGGAAAAGAGCACAUACUUAGGACUUGUAAGCAUCCCCAUCUCAAGCAUCACUGGACGUCAGUUUGUGGAGCAGUGGUACCCGGUCAUCCAGCCCAGCGUCCUCACCAAGGGAGCUGGUGUCGGAGGGGGGAAGAUCAUCAAUGCAUCCCUACGUCUCAAAUCCCGCUUCCAGACCAUGAACAUACUGCCAAUGGAGCUGUACAAGGAGUUUGCAGAGUAUGUCACCAAUAACUACCGCACCCUGUGCGCUGUGCUGGAGCCUGUGCUAAGUGUCAAGAGCAAAGAGGAAGUUGCCUGUGCACUGGUGCAUAUACUGCAGAGCACUGGGAAAGCUAAGGACUUCCUGUCAGACAUGGCAAUGUGUGAGGUAGACAGAUUCAUCGACCGAGAACACCUUAUCUUCAGAGAGAACACUCUGGCCACCAAAGCCAUAGAAGAGUACCUCAAAUUGAUUGGACAUAAGUACCUCAAGGAUGCUAUAGGGGAGUUCAUAAGGGCCUUGUAUGAGUCAGAGGAAAAUUGCGAAGUGGACCCCAUGAGAACACCACCCUCUGUACUCCCAGACCACCAAGCCAAUCUCCGAAUGUGCUGUGAACUGGCACUCUGCAAGAUCGUUAACUCUCAUUGUGUGUUCCCACGAGAGCUUAAAGAAGUAUUUGCCUCCUGGAGAGUGCGUUGUGCUGAGAGGGGUCGGGAAGACAUUGCUGACCGUCUCAUCAGUGGUUCCCUCUUCCUGCGCUUCCUGUGUCCUGCCAUCAUGUCCCCAUCGCUCUUCAACCUCACCCAGGAGUAUCCCGACGAGCAAACGUCACGCACGCUCACCCUCAUCGCAAAAGUAGUGCAAAACCUGGCUAACUUCUCCAAGUUUGGCAGUAAAGAGGAGUACAUGUGUUUCAUGAAUGAGUUUUUAGAAAUGGAGUGGGGCUCCAUGCAGCAAUUCCUGUAUGAGAUCUCCAACCUGGACAGCGUCAGCAAUGCAGGCGGCUUUGAGGGAUACAUCGACCUGGGCAGGGAGCUGUCUAUACUGCACAGUCUCCUUUGGGAGGUCAUGGCUCAGCUCAGCAAGGAUGCCAUCAUCAAACUGGGUCCUUUGCCUCGCCUCCUGAAUGACAUUAGUAUGGCCUUGCGUAACCCACACCUCCAGAGGCAGCCCAGCCAUCAGACAGACAGGGUCCAGGAGAGGCAGACAGACAGGUUGCUGUCACGGCCGAGCUUCAACAGGGGCAUUUCAUCCGAGUUCCAAAAUCUUAUGAUGAGGGAUCUUAAUAGCUCUAUAGAUAUCACUCGCUUGCCUUCCCCUACCUCCACCGGUGGGGUCAUGCCAUCCCGCACCCAGAUGAGUUUUCAGGACCGUGACCACCCCCAUCGAGCGUCCUCCAAAGACAUGUUUUACGUAUCCCGCCCUCCCCUGGCCAGAUCCAGCCCGGCCUACUGCACAAGCAGCUCGGACAUCACAGAACCUGACCCUAAGGAUUCCCGAAUGAACAGCGUGUCUAACCUGCAGUCGGUGGACAUGCUCAACUCCUCCCAGGCCUCCAUCGCCGGCAUGGGCAGCUUCGGAGGGCUGAGCAGCGGAGGCGGUGGCGGCCUGGGGUCGGGCCUGAGCAGCCAGCUGCGGGCCGGUGGGAGGUUGUCAGCUGGCUCUGGCGGCUCCAGCAUGUCCGGCGGCCUUCGGCUGAGCCAGCUGAGCCAGAUGGGCACCACCACCGACUCGCUAUCCCAGCAGCAGCAACAGCAGGCCGCCGCCAUGCGCUACCCGCUUUCCUUCCAGAAUCCCCUCUUUCAUCUGGCGACUGCUGAUGGGCCUCAACAGCAACAGCUCCACCACCAGCACAGCCGGGCUCAACCCCCAGCACCCCUGCUCCUGGCUCCAGAGCCUGAGCCCUCACACCAGACCUACAUCCCACAGUUCGCCCAUGGGGGGUUCUCUCGCAGUGAGGACCUGUCUACCCUCAGGACCAGGGACGGUCACCUGGGCCAACCCAGCAUCAUCCACUCACACAGCUACAGUGACGACUACAGCAGGGCUGACUAUGGACGCAGGCAGAUGUCCAUGCAUAUGCAGGAUAACCUUCAACAGCAACAAAUGAUGGGCAUGACCUCCCAGACAGGAACAUCCCACUCCUCCCUGGCCACCACACCUCCCACCACAGUCCAACCCGUGCGCCAGAGUUCUGUUGCCCCGCCUCCCACCCAGCGUGUCAAAUCCCAGACCUCCCAUCAGUUGUCGGUCAGUGCAGCUGCUGCACCUGCUGCUCCGGCUAAAACACGACCACAAAGUGGGAAUCUCCUCCAGUCACCAGAGUCAGGCUACGGUGGCAGGCAGCACGGGUCCCGGCAGCUGUCCGUCAAAGACAACACUGCCCCGGGCCUGCCCCACCAGCAGAGCUCUGUCAGGGAAAGCCAGAGUCCACAGGGAACCACCAGUCAGAGCACUCAACAGUCACCACAGCAACAGUCUCAACAACAGCAACAGCACCUGCUCAAACCCACCAUGAGCAAACAGGGCUCCCAGUCUCCAUCCACCCUCAAUCCCCCAACCCCAGCCAAUGAGCGAACGGUGGCCUGGGUCUCCAACAUGCCCCAUCUGUCGGCUGACAUUGAAAGUUCGCGGAUUGACCGUGAAGAUUUCAAACUGAAGGAGUACUCAAAGAGCAUGGAUGAGUCACGCAUGGACAGGGUACGGGAGUACGAGGAGGAGAUCAACUCCCUGAAGGACCGUCUGAUGAUGUCCCACAAAAAGCUGGAGGAGUACGAGAGGAGGCUCCUCACACAGGAGCAGCAGACCAAUAAGAUCCUCCUACAGUACCAGAAUCGACUCGAGGACAGUGAGCGGAGGCUACGGCAACAGCAAGUGGAGAAAGACUCCCAAAUUAAAGGAAUAAUUAGCAGACUCAUGGCUGUGGAGGAUGAGUUAAGGGGAGGACCCAUGAUUGAGCCAAAAACCAGGAUUUUCGCUGAUCAGGGGAGGCGUCAGUCCAUCCUAGUGCAGCCCCGUCUCGCACCUGUCCCACCCCGAGUAACCAGCCACUCUCAAAGCUUCAUGGAGGACAAUGUGGAACCUAAUUGGCUGAUGCACCAUCGGCAGUCCACAGGGUGGCAUGGCCAAAUGUCCAGAGCCCUCUCUCGUGACGCGAUUGGCUGACAAAGGGAGAACUUGGGGCAUUGGUCCCAUUCUCUUUGCUCAAAGGAUGGUGCAGAGCCCCAGCGGACCAUGUAAGGAAAUGCUGGCUUUUUUUUUACCAUACUUUACUUGGGCCCUCUCUCUCUGAUUUGAUGACAGGAUUUUUUUUUUUUAAAAAUGUGUUUGACGCCUCAUGGUUUGGAGCUACAUUUUACUUUUAAAAGGAAGGCUGGACAUGCGUUGUUGGCCUGCAGAGCAUGCAAAGAACAGCUAUGCAGUCUGAUCAAUCAGCAGAACGGAGGAACACAAAGGCCAAGGGAGGCAUGAUGCUCAAAAUGAGAGAGAGGGGAGAUGUAUUGUGGGGUAAGAUGUAUUUCAAAGGUGCUUGACUUCUCUUAAAAUUUCAGUCAAAGCUGAGUUUCUUUCAAAGCAUUUAUUUCCCUCUCUUUCUCUCUAUCUCUUCUCUUCUCUUCUCUCUCUUAUAGUCUUUUCAAAUUACCCUUUGAUUCCUCCUCAUCUAUUCAUUCUUUAUCUAUCUAGGAUUCUCCAAGCAUUAUUUAACCGCUUCAUUUUUACUCCAUUUUAGACACUUGAUCUCUGCAACAUUUUCAACAUUAGUUUUUAGCUCUUCCGUUCGAAUCUCUUUCUCAGACUUUGAUUUAAAGGAAACUAAAUAUGCACAGCCUAAUACGACUAAGUGAAACUGCUCAGAGCAAACAACUCUUGCUUCAAUGAAGACUUUGAAAAACCGGACUGAAUGUUAUUAUUUAUAUUUCUAUGACACUGCUUAUUCUUACAAUAGUACGAAAGAAAAAAAAAACUCUUCAUCAGAAAUCUUCCGGAGCAGAUAUUUAUUUCUUGAUAUAGAUAGAUGCCUCUCUAUCUAAUGGAAGUUCAUAAAUAAUCCAUUUUAUAAGCUUUCUUAUACUAAGACAAUCUUGUGGAGAGAAUAAUUGCCCUGCAGGACUGUGAUGACUGUGAAAGGGCCAAACUUGUGUUUUACCUACUCCCCUUACAAUAGUUUGCACGUUGCUGAGACCUGUGCCCUCCUUCCUCUUGGUUAUAAUCAUUCAAAAAAAGAAAAAAAAAAAAAAAAAAAAGAAAGUGGACGGAUGUUUCUCUCACCCAACAAUCGCCAUGGAGCUCUCCAUUUACGGACGAUGUGAAAGCCGUUGGAUAAGGACAUUCUUACAGCUGUUGUUUUGUACUCCACUUCGACUAUCUGUCUGUAGAGUUUGAACCGAGCAGAGGAUGAACUCUUGGUGUCAGUGUGACCACAUUUUUUCUGCAGUCAGAUUGCUGUAAAACUCCCCUAUUUCUUUCUAUGGAUGGACUCCACUGAUACCAAUCUGAGUUGAAAUCCUUGCCUUUUCCACCUGUGACUGAAACGAGGACAGAGAGAGAUAUGUUAGAGGUCCCGCUGAAACGAGUGAAUGUGUUUGUAUAUAAGUGUGUGUACUGGGUAAAUCUUUGUGUAUAUACUGGAUAAAUGUGUAUAUAUGGUAUGUCUAUGUGUAUAUACAGUUUGUUUGUAUAUGCAGAGUGUACAGUUAUUUUUUCCUCUAAUGUUUCUCUCUCUUUCUAUGAAUAGGUCUUCUCAAGUUACCAAUACUGAGGCAUGGAAAGGUUUUUACUGACAGCUAUCAGAAGCACUUUCUGUGCAGACUUAGAAUAUCAGCGAGGUCUGUCACUUAGCUGCAUUCUUGAAGCUCUCAUACAAGAAGUAAUUCACAUAAUCUUAAGCUUGCACUCAUUUUCUGACCAACUAAAAAGCUUUUCUAAGUAGAUUUGGGUGACCAAGCAAUGUUUGUACAUAUAUAGACUAAGACAAUUUUUUUUUUUUUUUUCCAGAAACCUCCAUCUGCAUUUCUUUGAAACUCUCAACCUGUUUUGAGUUCUUGCUUAUCUGACUUUCACUUUAGGUUCCUAUGGUAUAUGUUUGCAACGGUUGUCAUUCAGAGUUAUAUAUUUAUUCAGACAACCCUUAUAUAUUUCUUGAAAUUUUGUUCCCCAAACUCUGCCUUUCAUGGAGCCUUCUAACCUUUUAUUAAGAUUCAGGUUAGACUGGCAGAUCCUUCCAUGAAAGUAUACUGUCAUUACUUAACAUUGCUUGUUUUUGUAUAGGUCCUUACUAAAUAAGUGUGCCUCCCCCCCUUAUACUCUUACUAACCUUAGAUCCAUUAACUCCGCUGGUCACUCAUCUUCAUCCCCCUUGACAAGCCAUAGCCCCCCAACCCCCACCCCUACCCCCCUAAACUCCUCUAUUGUUGUUUUGACAGGACAGACAUUUGGGGAUUUUGUGUAUAUUAAUGGAAGAGUGGUGUUGAAGAGUGUAUUGCAGUUGUAUAUGGAUUUGUUAUGAAUGUGGAUAUUCUGAUCAUUUAAUUAUUAUUGUAAUAAUGAUAAUAAUUAUUGCCACUUUGAAUUUUUUUGUUGAUUAAUUCCUUUGAUGCGGUUGAUGAAGAUGCCAUUGUCCCUUCCUUUUUUUUUGUUUGUUUCUCUUUUUUUUUUUUUGGAAUACACCGGAAUUUAUAUUUUUCGGGUGGGUGAAU